CGCAAGAUGGCGGACAGUGCGGAACUAAAGCAAAUGGUUAUGAGCCUUAGAGUUUCUGAACUCCAAGUAUUGUUGGGCUACGCUGGGAGAAACAAGCACGGACGCAAACACGAACUUCUCACAAAAGCCCUGCAUUUACUCAAGGCUGGCUGUAGUCCUGCUGUACAAAUGAAAAUUAAAGAACUCUAUAGGCGACGGUUCCCCCAGAAAAUCAUGACGCCUGCGGACUUGUCUAUCCCCAAUGUACAUUCAAGUCCUAUGCCAGCAACUUUGUCUCCAUCUACCAUUCCACAGCUCACUUAUGAUGGUCACCCUGCAUCUUCACCAUUACUCCCCGUUUCUCUUCUGGGACCUAAACAUGAACUGGAACUCCCACAUCUUACAUCAGCUCUUCACCCAGUCCAUCCGGAUAUAAAACUUCAAAAACUACCAUUUUAUGACUUACUGGAUGAACUGAUAAAGCCCACCAGUCUAGCAUCAGACAACAGUCAGCGCUUUCGAGAAACCUGUUUUGCAUUUGCCUUGACCCCACAACAAGUGCAGCAGAUCAGUAGCUCCAUGGAUAUUUCCGGGACCAAAUGUGACUUCACAGUGCAGGUCCAGUUAAGGUUUUGUUUAUCUGAAACCAGUUGUCCACAAGAAGAUCACUUCCCACCCAAUCUUUGUGUGAAAGUGAAUACUAAACCUUGCAGCCUUCCAGGUUACCUUCCACCUACUAAAAAUGGUGUGGAACCAAAGCGACCCAGCAGACCAAUUAAUAUCACCUCACUUGUCCGAUUGUCCACAACAGUACCAAACACCAUUGUUGUUUCAUGGACUGCGGAAAUUGGAAGAACCUAUUCCAUGGCAGUAUAUCUUGUAAAACAGUUGUCCUCAACAGUUCUUCUUCAGAGGUUACGAGCAAAGGGAAUAAGGAAUCCGGAUCAUUCUAGAGCUUUAAUUAAAGAGAAACUGACUGCUGAUCCAGACAGUGAAAUAGCUACAACCAGCCUAAGGGUUUCUCUACUUUGUCCCCUUGGUAAAAUGCGGCUGACAAUUCCAUGCCGAGCCCUCACAUGUUCUCAUCUGCAGUGUUUUGAUGCAACUCUUUAUAUUCAGAUGAAUGAGAAAAAACCAACCUGGGUCUGUCCUGUCUGUGAUAAGAAGGCUCCAUAUGAACACCUUAUUAUUGAUGGCUUGUUUAUGGAAAUCCUAAAGUACUGUACAGACUGUGAUGAAAUACAGUUUAAGGAAGAUGGCUCUUGGGCACCAAUGCGAUCAAAAAAGGAAGUACAGGAAGUUUCUGCCUCUUACAAUGGAGUUGAUGGAUGCUUGAGUUCCACUUUGGAGCAUCAGGUGGCUUCUCACAACCAGUCCUCCAGUAAAAACAAGAAAGUCGAGGUUAUUGACCUAACCAUAGACAGCUCAUCUGAUGAAGAGGAGGAAGAGCCAUCUGCCAAGAGAACCUGUCCUUCCCUUUCUCCCACCUCACCACUAAACAAUAAAGGCAUUUUAAGUCUUCCACACCAAGCAUCUCCAGUAUCCCGCACCCCAAGCCUUCCUGCUGUAGACACGAGCUACAUCAACACCUCUCUCAUCCAAGACUACAGGCAUCCUUUCCACAUGACACCCAUGCCUUAUGACUUACAAGGAUUAGAUUUCUUUCCAUUCUUGUCAGGAGACAAUCAGCAUUACAACACCUCCCUCCUCGCUGCCGCAGCCGCCGCAGUCUCCGAUGACCAGGACCUGCUGCACUCAUCGCGCUUUUUUCCAUAUACCUCCUCCCAGAUGUUCCUCGACCAGCUGAGUGCAGGAGGCAGCACGUCCCUGCCAGCCACCAAUGGGAGCAGCAGUGGCAGCAACAGCAGCCUUGUGUCUUCCAACAGCCUGAGGGAGAGCCACAGCCACACAGUGGCCAGCAGGAGCAGCACAGACGCGGCAUCCGUCUUCGGCAUCAUACCGGACAUUAUCUCCCUGGACUGAGCCCUCACCCACUGAUCCUGCCCUGUCCUGAGGGAUUCAGCUGGGCAGGAAGAAGAGAACUUUAUGCUGUUUUACCUUAUUCUGUCUAGAAAAGUUCACAAGCGUGGUUUUUUUUCCUUUUUUAAGGGAAAAAAUUAAAAGAAAUGUACAGAGAACAAAACUAUAUUUUCAGUUUUACUUUUGUAUAUAAAUUUAAGACUGCCUGUCUGAUAAAAUACUUGUUUAAAAAAAAGAAAGAAAAGAAAAAACAAGCACCCACAAACCACCUUCAGUUCAUUUUUUUCUGGAUUCUGAAGAUGUUUUCAUUUGUCCUAUGGUUUUGGUUUUAUUUUACUUCAAUGGCAUUAUUUUAUUUGCAAUAACAAAAGGAAUUGCAUGUAUGAAGUUUUAAAUUUUGGGCUUUGUUGUGGGGAGGGGGUAGGGAGAUAGUUUGAUUUCCAUUUUUUAAAAAUGACAGACUUGCAUUUUGUUUGUUUGGGCGUGUGUGUGCAUAUUUUAUCCAGCCUUAAAUUAUAAAUCUUGUCUGUCCCAAUGCAUUCCCUAUGUAUUUUCAGGACAUAGCUCAUGGGUAUGCGUGUUCAGUGUGUGUGUCUAUAUGUAUUUUUCUGUCCUCUCCUCCUGAGUUUGCAUUCAGUUCAUCUAUCAGCUGCCUGCUUUUUUUAAAGUGCUUUGAAGGUCUUGAACUUACAUGUGAGUAUCUAACAACUACCCCAGUUGCAUGUCUCCAUUACAUAUUCUCUCUGACUUGCUAUGUACCCCCUGAGAAUAUGCUUUCAGGAUAUUGGAAUAAUGCUGUCUGGGUAAGGAGUAGGCCUAACAGACCUGUGAAUACACUUUAGCCUAGUUCUUGAUUCUAAACCUAGAUUGCCAGUAUUGUGUAUUUAAACCAAGUCUGUGAAUAUCUGCUUUUUUGGCCACAAGGUAACAAGUUUUCAUGUAAGAUCUCAUGCCAGAGUAGGAAGCCAAAAUAGCCUAGAAAGCCCUGUUGGGUGUCUUGUGCAGCUGACAGAGGAAGGAUUAUGUCACAAAGUAAGAGAUGAGUCAUUUAUCCUAAAAGUCAAUUCUUUUUGGAAAUACAGUGCACCACACAUGUGGAUCUAUCGAAAUCUAUUAUUUGAUAAUCAGUUGAAACUUAAAAUCAGUUUAAACCUCAGCCAUUUUCUGUGGUUCUUAAUUUCUUAGACGAUCUACCUUGUUUAUUUUUUCUUCAUCUUUUAAUGACAAGCAUGACAUAGGAAAGUCAAGUUUUUUAAAAUUCAUGGAUCAGUCUGAUAUACUUUUUUUUUGUUGUUACCGGGGAUCGAACUCGGGUCCUUACGCUUGCGCAGCAGGCGGUGAAACC